GAGACGUGCCGACAGCCUUUAUCAUCAGCCUCUGGAAUGUCGCUCGCCCUGGACGCUGCGGAGCUCGCCAAGCUGCCCCCGCCGGAGGUCGACUCGGUCGAGAGCUCGCCCGUCGAGAGCUGCGACGAAGAGUACGAGCGCUCCGCGGUCGCCGCGCUGAUCGUGCUCAGCAGCCUCGCCGAGCAGCACGCGACCGCGCAGGGGGUGGUGCCGUGCCGCCGCACGCCGUCGACGGAGUGGGAGUCGGCAGGCUCGCAGUCUGACUCGCCGCGCGUCGUUCGGCGCAAGCUGGGGGACGGCGGCUUCGCCCCCGGCGCACGCUUCCAGUGCCGGUAUCCGGGUUGCGGCAAGUUUUAUGCCUCGACGGAUGCCGUACGCAAGCACUGUCGGAAGCGGCACAACGAGUGGCUGGGCCAGCUUGACCAGGUGACAAGCGGGCGCCCGUCCUGCGGCCGCAUGCUGAUCCCCAUGCGACUACGCCCAUGGGCAUGUUUGGUCUGGGUUUGCGUUGCGCGCGCACUAGUCCAGGCGCGCGGCGUCCCGCAUGGAUUUGCACGUAUGUAUUGAGACGGAGUCUUACGCCU